CUGAAUGCGGCAUUGUUGUCCUUCCCAUCUAGCUUUGCGACCAUAGGCAAGCAAAAUCAUACCGGUCAGAAAUAAGGGGAAGUCGGUUCAUGGUUGGAAUUAUUAUAGUAUUAAAAGACAACUGUAAAUGAGGAUUUCUUGACAAAGCAAGUACAAACGUGAUCCACAGCAUGUACCAUCGAGUUGAUGAUGUCAUGAAGCUGUGUUGUGAGUUAUCUGUCAAUCAAGAAGUCCAGACCACAGUGAAAGGCUCAGGGAAGGGGGCAGCAGCAGCUGGGGGACUGGCCUUUGCUGGAGGGUUGGUUGGGGGCCCUCUUGGUAUUGCAGUCGGCGGUGCUGUCGGAGGCCUUUUGGGAUGCUGGCUGACCAGUGGGCAGUUCAAACCACUGCCUCAGAUCAUCAUGGAACUGAGUCCUCAGCAGCAGCAGAAGCUUUAUGACGAUCUCAUGAUCAUCCUGGGUGAUAUUCAGUGGACAGAUUUAGUCCAGCUAACUGCUCUGGUUAUGGGCAAUGCCACCCUGAAGCAGCAGCUCACAGGCGCUCUUCUUGGAUAUGUCACCAAGGAGCUCCAAGCAGAGGUGCGCUAUGUGGAUUAAAACAUUAGAAAACUUGACUCGGAGGCCUAACUAAUGUGAACUGUUUUUAUGAAGCUGGAGAUACUUGUGAUCAAAUAUGAAACCACAUAUUAUAAAACUGCACAGACACCAUCACAGUCAUGGCAACAGAUGACCCUGGUUAAUAGGGGGUUAGUACAUUAUGACUUAAAACAGCUGUAUAGUUGCAUUAAUUUAUUAUGGGAAGUGCAGUUCUCAGUAGAAGGCAUUAUUCAUUAAGUCUUUAAUGUAUUGAUAAUCAAUCUGGCUUUACAGUGUAGCACUGCUCUCAAAACGUACAGUUUAUUGUCAUAUUUAGACACAUGAUUAUGCAUUGAGUGAGCACCAGUUGUAUAGCGUGAAAUGUUUUGAUUUGAUGUGAACUUAUGAAGUGCCAGAGUUUCCCACCAUCUGUGUCCAGUAUACUGUAUUGCGAUCUUUGGGUCAAUCCAAAUGUUUUAAUGCUUUAAAUGACUUCUUUAAUAAAAACAAAAAAGUUGACGGA